UAGAAUCUGUGAAACAAGUCUAGAGGGAUAAACGUAAGUACUUACACAAGAGAGAACAAUAUAACGUGUCAUUUUCACCGGCUUAUUUACAAGUAUGCGAAGAUUGAGUAGCAAAAACAAGCAUAAGAAAUCGGAAAUGUGGAGUGAGAGUAGUUCGGAUGAAAAUGGCGUCGCGCGUACAAAUAUAACCGAUAGCGACGAUAAAAUGAAGGCUGGAAAGGAUAACGAAAACGCGGAAAUGCCAAAAAGAGGUGCUGCGAAGAAGCGUGCAUCUCGUAGUCGUCAUAGUCAGAAGGAAGCACUCGAAAAUGUUGACGUAGAAGCGGAAGAAGAAGAUACUCAAUCCGCGGACGCCGAAGAAGAGAAGAAUGUGGAAAAGGGUGGAGCGAGUAAAAAACUUAAGAAAGAAGAUCAAAAGAGUAAUCCUAUAAAAGACGGAAAUAAUAAAAAUGAAUAUGAGGUGGAGAAAAUUGUAGGUCAACGUACUAUUAAGGGUCGACGCCAAUUUUUGAUUAGAUGGAAAGGAUAUGGAGAGGAUUCUGAUACUUGGGAACAAGAAGAAGAUCUUAAUUGUUCACAAUUGAUUGAGGAAUUUCUAGCUGAAGAUGAAGAAAAUCAAGAAGAGAUUAAGCCUAAAAAGUCUGAAAAUUCUGCAAAAUCACCAAAGAAAGUUGCAGAAGUGGACAGAAAAUCCAAAAAACUUAAAAAUAAUACAAAAAGAAAAACAGAGAAUGAUAAACAGAUAACUGCAGAUGAUGGAAAAAAUGAUAAAGACGAUCAAAAGGAAUUUGAAGUAGAGAAGAUCAUAGAAGUACAGUACAAGAAAAAUAAAACCAGGGAAUUUUUAAUUCGUUGGAAAGGUUUUACAUCAGCAGAUGAUACAUGGGAACCGGAAGAAAAUUUAAAUUGUCCUGAACUGAUCGCAAAAUUCAUGCAAAAAGUAGAAAAAGCCAGAACCAUGGAAGCACGCGAACUUAGAGCAAAUCGUCCCCAUACAAAACGAUACACACUGACAACACAUGAACAUGGAAGAAGAUUGUCGCGAAGAAAUAUGGAUAAACAAAGAGCUACGUAUCAUGAAUGUGAUGAAUAAAUGAACAUAAAGUAAUAAGGUCACUUAAAAGUUUAUAUACAUAUGUGUGUAUACAUGUAUGUAUAUACUUAAAAUACAUACGUGUUUUGUAGUGUUACAGAAAAAAAAUGACACAUGAUUAAAAAUGGAACUACGAAUCAGUUAUUUUGAACAUAAAUUUUGCAUAUAUAUAUAUAGUGGUUGAGCAUUAACUUUGUGAUUAUUGAAUAAUUGAAUCAUUUUCUCAUUUUAUCAUAUCUUAUAAUAUUGAAUGAUCUUAUAUUAUACAUCAUUAAAAUUGUGUAACCAGACUUUAUUACAUUAAAACAAGCCUGUUCACAAGAUGUCCGGAAUGUCACCAUCUGCUUUAAACAUGACUCUCUGGGCAAGAAUGACAGAAGUGGUAGCAUUAGUAGAGGGAGCCAUUUUCGCCUGCCUCCAUUUCUUGAUCUCUCUUUUACAUUCUCUGUUAAAUGAUUUGGUUUUGUUUUUGUACGAUAUUCUUCUCAGCGAUGUUAACAGUUUUCGGAGGAAAAUUUUUGGACAGAUUUACAUUUAAGACAAAAACAUAUAGCAUCCCAUUUAAAAAAAAUAUAAUCAUUUUACAUAGGCAAAGUUAAUGUGUCAUCCUCUGUAUAUAUGUUGUAUAUGUGUUUAAUUUUACAAUGGACAAAAUAAGAAAUUCAAUUAUGUAGUAAUUUUUAAGUUCAUUAAUAAACAUAAUUCGACUUAAAUAA